GACAUGUAUCUUGUCAGUAUAUCCUGAAUCUUUGAUAUGACUCACCGUGGCGGUCAGAGUUCAGAAUUUUUGUCGUCUGGUGACCUACUAGAUACUAGUUAAAGUCAUAAACCCCUAAAAUUGUUAUUUUAAAAAUGUUAUUUUAACCUUAACCACAAUGCUAACCUCAUGCCUAACCUUAAAUUAAGACCAAAAACACAUUUUUGUUUUCAUUAAUUUUAACGAUAUAUUCAUUACGCAAAUUCAGUUGCAUAACAUGUAUUUAUCGGAAGCAAACGGAACGAAACGGGAGGGACCUACCCUAAUUUGUCCAAUAUAAACUCUUGUUUUGCAACUGUUUGGCUAAUGAUUACACCCGUGGUGUGCACACAGUCAUUGGGUGUGCAUGAGAAAGAAGGAUGCAAAUAUAAAGUUAUUGGCCGAGCAUAUUUAUUUUCUGCGUGAGUUAGCUAUGAAUCGCAUUGAGUUGCCAUUCGCUGUCCCGUUGGCUUGAAAUUUAGCUAGCUAGCUUUCUGGUUUAAUUACACUGAAAAGGAUUCACUGAAACGCAGGUUGUGAUCUCCAGUAUUGGUGCCCAUCAUGGCAGGAGGCAUCACAGAGACAGGGGAGCUCUACUCCCCAUAUGUGGGCUUGGUAUACAUGUUUAAUCUGAUCGUGGGCACGGGGGCACUGACGAUGCCCAAGGCCUUUGCCCAAGCAGGUUGGGCGGUCAGCCUGGUGCUCAUCUCCUUCCUGGCGUUUAUGAGUUACAUGACCACUACGUUUGUGAUCGAGGCCAUGGCAGCGGCCAACGCUCAGCUGCGCUGGAAGAGGAGGGAGCAGGAAGAGGUCCAAGACAGCGACUCCACCUCUGAUUAUUCGGAUGAUGAUGUUCUCGUCCGGGGACGAUCAGAGCCAGAGACGAGGCCCAUUUUGUCAGUCCAGCGAACAGGAGGAGGACACGUUGAUCACUUUGACAUUGUGGAGAGGGUUGAGAUGGGUCAAAUGGCCUCCAUGUUCUUCAACAAAGUUGGUGUCAACAUGUUCUACAUCUGCAUGGUAGUCUACCUGUAUGGAGACCUGGCUAUCUAUGCUGCUGCUGUACCCAUAUCACUAAUGGAAGUAGCCUGUGGUAACCAUUCAUGCAGUGCUGGCAGUGUGAAAUACAACGACACUGACUUGUGCUGGGGCCCUGUCACCAGGAAAGACGCCUACAAGGUGUUUCUGAGCAUCUUCACUGUGAUGUUGGGCCCUUUCGUCUUCUUUGAUGCACAGAAGACCAAAUACCUCCAGAUCCUCACCUCACUCAUGCGUUGGAUCGGGAUGGAUGGAUAGGUGAAGAGCCUCAGAGGCACUAUUUAUUACCCUUACAGCCAUGGCAUAUGGAUCCUACUGUAUGCUGGGAAAGGAGAAAUCAUGCAUUCUGAGAACACUGUCCUCCCACUGUCACAUUUGUUUUUCUAGACAUGGUGAACUACACCACCACCCCAGCCAGCCCUGUGUGGAGUAACCUCCGGCUCAAUAGGAAAAGAGGCUGUGAAAUGAACUAGGGCUGUUACUCUCUCUGGAGAAACGAAUAGCUUAAACCACAGGCCCCAGACCGCAAUGAUCAGUGGAUCCCUAUCCAGUCCAUCCCAUUGUCUUGGUUUAGGGAGUAACCAGGGAGCUUUACAGCUACCUAUUGCCAUUUCAAGCAGAGAGAGAUGGUAAUAUUUGUUUUUGAAGGUCAAGGAGGGAACUCUACUAGUGGCUGGUUGAGCGGAACCUAAGAGUUCGCCCAGAGAGGCUAAUGUAUAGUGCGUCUCACGGGGAACGUUGAAAUAUGGUUGGGCGUUCAUGAACUUUCCAACACCAGCACAGUUCAGAAGUUAAAGGAAAACUCCAGAUUGGAAUGCAUCAUUCCUUUUCUUGUCACAACAGACAUUACUUAUAGUCAACACUGACCACGGAAUUGUUCAGAGAGAAAAUCUGUCUUAGUUUGACACUUUUAUCUCUUUCAGAAACAAAACAUAAACACAGCUCAGAUCCUAGGUCCACUUUACUCACAUCUCUGCUGAGUUUUGAUAUGUAGAGAAAUAAAUGUGGCCAGCUUUUUGGGCACCUGUUCCUGUUUACUAUUGAUGCCCAGUGUUUCAUUUUGUAAUGAGAACUUUGAUUUGAUAGUGAACAAAAUGUAUAGGACUUGAUUAGGGAAAAACUUGUAGGAUGUGUGGUGUUCCCCAGGAUCAAUUGGAGCUCAAUACCCUGAUAACUAAGCCCUUAAUCAUGACUGUUGACUUCCGUCCCUCGCUCACCUCACCGUGUUGUUGUCGUCACCUCCAUUUCCUUGAGGGAGGAAUGAGAAUGUAAGACACAGUGUUUCUAGAAUGUUGUUACCGGUUUCCGCUUUUAACCAUCUUUCUCAGGGUUUCGUCAUUGGGCGACAGGAAUACUAGAGGUCAAAUGCAAAACUUGCUUUGAACAUUUUACAUUUGUCUCAUUUGAAAUAAAUGUCAGACCAGAACAUUAUUUGAUAUUGAAGACAGAGAAGCAGACAAGAAUUUGCUUUAUUCAUAUCUUGGUGUCUGCACAGUUGUCUGCUUUGUACUUCCAUUGCAUCAUGAACCAAGCUUUCUAUGCUCAAUAAAUUAUUUGAUGCGGUCAGAAGAAAAAGUACAUAUUUAUAUUCUGCACACUGAAUGUUUAAUUAUUGUUGGAUUGGUGUUUUAGCUAACCUGGUGCAACCACACACUAAAUUGACUUAAACAUUUGACUCCUCUUCUAUUAGUUUGUUAUACAAUUUAAAAAAUGUCAGCAGUAGCACAGAAGAGGUUGUUGGUUUUAAAACGUCUGCGGUUGAGAAGUUGAAGGAAAAACCCUGACCUCAAGGCAGCCUCAAGCGGAUGUGUUUUAGAGAUCCCAGUGUUUGGAGCGUGGCUUAGCUCAGCCUUGUGGUAAGCAAGGCAGGUGCCUUUUAUUUCUUAUCUUUGGCCUAAUGUGCAAUUUGCAGCAGCACGGCUGAGUGAUUGGACUAAUUGAUGUUUUCUUGAACACUAGAUAAUGUCAUGGAGUUUGACUCGACUCUGCCCUGUGGAGUUGAGCUGCUGUAUGGGGUGCUAAAUGGCAGCCCUGCUGCAGUGCUGCGCAACCUGAUCGCGGGGCUUGCCUCGAAGUAGCCAGGCAAGCAGGCCAUUAUCACCAGCUAUCACACACGCAGUGGCUGUCCUGUCCCCCGCUUCUGAUAACCAAGACUAUGAUAGGAUUAUAGGAUAUCACCCAAAGAAAUCUGGAGUAAAAUAUUCUGCAAACCUAGAAAUCGGGCAAACUGCCAAAGCUGCUCAAUACCACUGAGACUUAACCAACUGGUCUCAUCAUGGAGCGCAUCGCUUAAAGAGCAAUUACACCACUUUUCAAACUCAUUUUCAAUGUCUACAUAUGUGAAAACCGUGCAUUUCUAUGUUUUAUAGAAAAAAAUAAAGUAAAACAUUUCCACCCGAUGACAUCAAAAGUUAAAAUGUUUUAAAUACUGAGAUUUGCAGUGACGUGGGGAGCAAGAAAAUACCCUCCCUUGGGCUAAAAACUCGUUGCAGGUUUUGAAAAUCACUGUUUAAAAAAAAAAUAGCGUUUAAUCCUACCCUGUGAUGUCACAGAGAAGGUCCUUUCUUCCUUCUUGUUUUAACCACCGAUCAUAGAAACACUGAUUUCACAUAUUAUGUAGAUACUGAUUUGGUGCUGGAGGUAAUGAAUGUGAGGUUGAAAAGUGGUGGAAUUGCCCUUUAAUUAAUGAUGGGAUGAUUGCUGCAAAGGAGUGCUGCUGGAGUUGGACUUGGAUUGUUAUCUGUUAGGGAAUGGGAGGUAGCAAGAGGCCAAUUUGUAUACCAGUGGAGAGUAAUGUUCCUUUCUAUUGUCAAGGCCUGUGCUAGAAUAAUAUCCCGUAUGUCUUUUAAUGUCAGAAAGAUGAAAGCACAUGAAAAGCCCUUGACCUGUCAACUGUUAUUAUGGACUCUUCUUCCCACAUCAAUUGCAAAAACCUUUGUACAGGGAGCAUACUACUCACAAAAUCAGAACAGUGGUGUGCUUCAAAGCUCCUCACCUGAAGUCAUUCUGUGCUCCUUAAUGAAGUCAAGGAAACCCGUCCCAGAGGAGCGGCUGAAGAGGAGACCCUCUUCCACAGAUACUGUAGUCUACAGCUCCUUGGGGGGUUGAGAGUGCCGGCCAACCUUGGCUUAACAGCAAACGGUUUGUUUGCUACCACUGGAGAUACAACUGUAAGUGCCUCCUCUGGGGGGCUUUUAAGUUUAAGCAUUCCCCACAAGGUCAUUGCCAUCCCCAUCGAAGUGCUAUAAAUCACCAGUAGCAGUUAUGUGGAUGUGAUAUGUGACUGUUUGACACCUGCUCAAUGCACUCAGUCCCUCCCCGACGCCGUGUGACGAGUGAAACCCGCAGGCAGUCGUAUAGGGCAGAGCGUGUCAAUGUAAAAGUCCAGGUAAUCACCAUAUCAUCAGAGAUAUCAUCUCUACAGGGAAAAUGGCUCAUCCCAUCUGAAUGAAUUAGUUUUGUCACCAGAGUGUCCGUCGAUGGAGAGGCAAGAAGGAGUGUGUCUAUUGUUGAUUGAGGAUUACCAGGAGGAUGAAACGAGAGCUUCAGAGUAGACUCCAUCAGGAAGUCAAUGACACUGCCCUUUAGAGAGAGGAGAGCAAUAUGGCUGCAAGAAGGAAUGUAAAAAAAACACACACAAAAACUGCCAUGUAUACUGAUUAUAAUUCAUUACAGUGGUUGUAGAAUAUGUCAUUUGCUGUGAAUGUAUGAUGCAAUGAUUUAUUUAAUGCUGGCUCUAUGCUAUUACCAAUGGCUGGUAAUCUUGUAAUCUGGCUAACUGCGUUGGAUUUUCUCUCCAGACACAGUGUCCCCGUGCGUCUAAAGCACUCAUAGUGAAGAAAGAUUUGCUCCUAUUCUUCGCCGUUGGACAGAUAAAACAGUGAGAUUCAUAGCUAAGGCUGCACCAAGUACUAUAAAACCCACAUGGUUGCCCUAUCUCCUGUAGCAUGAUCCAGUUGAAAAGGAAUGAUGAAUGAGUACAUUAUCAAAAUGUACUUUGUUCUACUUAGUGUCCAGUUCUUUCAUCUGAUCGACUUUCAAUCUCUUUCAAAGAUAAGAGGAGUUGGUUCAGUGCCUUAAGUAAGACAAAUGAGGCCUUGUCUUUAAUGAGCACUAAAGCAUGAUAGUCGGGAUCAGAGCCAUAAGAGAGAGAUUCUCUGUCACUCCAACUUUAGGGGAUAGAACUACAGUAGAAGGGUCGACUAUUCUUUGUUAUUUACGGACCGUUGUUUACCUUUUGAAGCUCACUUGUUCUCUAUCACAGACGUGUGUUUGUCAAGCAGCUGCCAAAGUAAUUAUUUAAGUUGUGACCUGGCUAUGGCUUCCCGAUCUAUAACCCAGAAGGUAGCACCAGUUAUUUGGGUGGGUUCCA